AACGAAUGUUUUUUUUCCCUUCAUGAUGUGAAGAAAACAAGUGUUUGAAAUAUUUUCUUAUCAUUUACAUUCUAGGCGCAUGCAAGAAAUCAUUCUAUUGACAUUAAAACCAUCGAUGACAAAUAAAUAUUGAGAAAUACAAAAAAAAAACCGAUUGGCACUUCAUGCAACAACACUCAAGGUGAAUAUAAGAAGUGUAAUAAUUUGAUUGUAGUGUCAACAUUCGUCAGUGUUAUUGAAGUGUGUAUGAAUAUAUAGAUAUUUAUAAAUGCGUGUAAGGAAUAAAACAUCACUCAUCCAAUUUGUGGCCAAAAGACGAGAGUGAGAAAAAAACUCUUUACUUUAUUUUGGGAGAAACAAAAAAGUGAGCGAAACGACAUUAAAUAAAUAUAACACACAUGUAUUUUGUCUAGAAACCUUUCGACGGCAUUCGAAUGCGAUUUUUUGUUAAUAGAUUGCGUCAAUAUUGAACAGUGCAUACUUGAAAGCCGAAGAAAAAACUCGAUAAAAAAACAAUGGCUGGAUCGUCGCUGAGACGUUUAAUGGCCGAAUAUAAACAAUUGACGCUGAAUCCGCCUGAAGGGAUCGUAGCUGGUCCAAUCAGUGAAGAUAACUUUUUCGAAUGGGAAGCCUUGAUUCAAGGUCCAGAAGGAACAUGCUUCGAAGGCGGUGUAUUUCCAGCGCGUUUAAUAUUUCCGGCCGACUACCCAUUGAGCCCACCGAAAAUGAAAUUCACGUGCGAAAUGUUUCAUCCAAAUAUUUUUGCCGAUGGUCGAGUGUGUAUAUCAAUUCUGCAUGCGCCCGGCGAUGAUCCAAUGGGUUAUGAGCUGUCAGCGGAACGCUGGUCUCCCGUUCAAAGUGUCGAGAAAAUUUUGCUUAGUGUCGUUUCGAUGUUGGCCGAACCGAAUGACGAGUCUGGAGCGAAUGUCGAUGCCGCCAUCAUGUGGCGUGAUAAACGUGAUCAAUUCAAUAAAAUAGCCAAAAGUAUUGUUAGAAAAACACUCGGUUUGCCUUCAUAAAUAUGUACACGGGAUAAUAAAUGAACAGUUCUAUUCUUUCGAAAUGAAUACAGAAAAACAAUAUAUUCCUGAAAAUAAAGUGGCAAAAAUAUAUACAUAUACAACAACAAAAGAAAUGCAUACAACAAUAGAGAAACACAAACAAAAUACUAAAAUUACAACAUAUUUUUUAUAAACAAAUGUUCAGUAAACUCACGUGUAUUCGAUUUUUCUUCAGUUCGAUAUAAAACAAUUCGGGUAAAUUGUUCUAUUUUGAACGAAAAAUCAUAUAGCUCUUAUUUAAUCGUCGCCACCUGUUCCCCAUCACUCCCGAUCAUUCUCGAAAAUGUUGCGAAUAUUUUUGAAAUUUUUGUAUUAAAAAAAGAGUGGUAGCUAUUUCACAAUGCAUUGA